UGGUGCGCACGUAGCUUCCGCCCAUUCCAAUCUGAACAGGAAGACGUCGUUUUCAAGUGAAAGAACUACCAAAACAAAGUAAAAACUAGUUAAAUUAGCGUUUCGCUCGCAUUGUCCCUGCAGAUAGCGGCCACGGUUACCGCCAUGGAGGGCUUGUCGAGUCCUCUUCGGUGCUUCAGAGAGCACCACGCCGCUGAGAUGUUCACAGACGACGGCGUGGAAACGGUGACUUCAGUGGAGCAGAAAAAAGUGGAAAGUAGCAUCGAGGAAGUCAUCAGUGUUUACAAGCAAAUCCACAGCUUACCACAGCCGAUGUUACUGCGGGAGCAACACUACCAGUAUCUCAAGAAGGGCUUACGUCACUUAUCAGAUGCCUACGAGUGCCUGGAUGCGAGCAGACCAUGGCUUUGCUUCUGGAUUCUUCACAGUUUGGAGUUAUUAGAGGAGCCGAUCCCUGCUGCUGUCGCCUCAGAUGUGUGCCAGUUCCUCUCGCGCUGUCAGAGCCCGACGGGGGGCUUCGCCGGGGGGCCGGGGCAGCAUGCCCACCUGGCCCCCACCUACGCCGCCGUCAACGCGCUCUGCAUCAUCGGCACACCGCAGGCCUACAGCGUCAUAGACAGGGAGAAGCUGCUGGAUUUCCUAUGGUCAGUGAAGCAGCCCGAUGGCUCCUUUGUGAUGCACGUCGGAGGAGAGGUGGACGUCAGGAGCGCUUACUGCGCGGCGUCCGUAGCGUCGCUCACAAACAUCAUCACGCCCAGGCUGUUCCAGGACACGCCCAACUGGAUCCUCAGGUGUCAGAACUGGGAGGGCGGCCUGAGCGGCGUGCCCGGGCUGGAGGCGCACGGCGGCUACACCUUCUGCGGAACGGCCGCCAUGGUCAUCCUGGGCAAAGAGCACAUGCUGGACCUCAAAGCUCUGCUGCGCUGGGUGGUCAGCAGACAGAUGCGGUUCGAGGGCGGCUUCCAGGGCCGCUGUAACAAGCUGGUGGACGGCUGCUACUCCUUCUGGCAGGCUGGACUCCUGCCCCUGCUCCACAGAGCCUUAUUCAAAGAAGGAGAGUCGGAGCUGAGCCGGCAGCGCUGGAUGUUCGAGCAGCAGGCCCUGCAGGAGUACAUCCUGCUGUGCUGCCAGAACCCCGGGGGGGGCCUUCUGGACAAGCCCGGCAAAUCCAGGGACUUCUACCACACCUGCUACUGCCUGAGCGGCCUGUCAGUAGCACAGCACUUUGGGAACGCCGACCUCCACCACGAGAUGAUCCUCGGCAAGGAGGAGAACAGACUGGCUCCAACCCAUCCGGUUUACAACAUCUGCCCGGAGAAGGUGGCCCAGGCCCUGCAGCACUUCCUGCAGCUGCCUGUUCCCGCCGACGCCGGGCCCCCCCCCCCCCCCGGCCCCGCCCCCGCAGGCCCCGCCCCGGCCCUAGUCCCCGCCCCCCGGCGCAGCGGAGGGCGUGCCAACCAGCCGAACCCGGGGGACUCGACCCGACCCGGGAGCAGCAGCCAGGCCUGA